CGAGGGAGAUGGCUAAUCUGUAGGCAGAUGGCUAAGAUGGUGGCUUCACGAAUACAAGGCGGCCCCAAACUAGGUUUUAGCCGUCGGACCAGGCUUGCUUUCUUCCGUGCCGCAGCGGCCAGACCACCGUAGAAAGCGUUCGGAGGAAACGAAGGGAAGGCAGUUCCAUGCUCCCGUUCUUCCCGGCUUCUCGUUUUUCCCUCAAAGAAAGCGAGCGGAUGGGAGCAGGAGACGAGGAGGCGAUGGGGAAGCGAGAGAAGCGAGAGGAAUUCAACGUCAUAGGUACAGCACCGAAGAUGGGAGAGGAGGAGGUUCGUAUGGUGGAGGAGAUACUGGGUUAUAGAUUUGGUAACAAAGAUCUGGUGGAGGAGGCUCUGACUCACGGCUCGUUCUACUUGCCGUACAAACCGGCGAAGUCGUAUGAGAGGCUGGAGUUUAUGGGGGACGCUGUGCUCACCUGCAUCGUGGCGAGGGAGGUGUUCUCCUCAUACCCAGAUCUCUCCCCCGGCCCCCUCACGCGUCUCCGCGCCGCCAACGUCGACACCGAAAAGCUCGCCCGCGUCGCCGUGGAGCAUGGCCUCCACCGCUAUCUCCGCCACAAGGCCCCCCAGCUCGAGGCCCAAAUCCAAGAUUUUAUGCAAGCCAUGAUGGAAUAUCCAAUCCAUUCCAACGGCCUUGUCGACCCACCCAAAGUCCUGGCGGACAUUGUUGAAUCCCUCCUUGGAGCCGUAUUUUUAGACACCAACAGCUCUUUGGAAACUGUUUGUGAGAUAUUUAGGAGGCUAGCUGCGCCACUGAUCAAUCCAGAGACUUUGGGAAAACACCCAAUGAGCGAGCUGUAUGAACUCUGUCAAAAGCUAAAGAUGGAUGUCACGUUCUUGAAGGGCGUGUGGCCUGAAAACCCAAAGAUUGACGUCUUGGUUGAUGGCAAAUUGGUGGGGAGUGGUAACGGCCAGAAAAAGGAAAUUGCUCAAAAUCGUGCCGCGAAGGCCGCGUUGGACAGGCUCAAAGAGACUUUAGGCGACUUGGACUCGACGACACUCGACCAUCCAGACUAAGAUGCCUCCUUAUUAUCACCGAGAUUGGGAUGAGGGCGCCUGGCCUCUGCGUUGAAUGCAUACCAUGUCUUCUCAUCAUGACCGAGACUGAGAUGAUAUUUUUUUAUUAAGAGGUUGAGAUGAUGUUGCCUGACGUCUACGUUUAAAUGUAUAUAAUUCUUGCUGGUUGGCUUCAAGACAUUAGCUACAUGCUCCUUGAGUUUGUACCUCCAUAGUGUAAAGUUCAGCAACGCGCAAAAUGUUCUGUUGUGUAAGGAAAAAAGCUGCAAUUUAUAAAAAUAAAUGUUUACAUGUGUGCAGCUGACCAGACUAGUGUUGGGGAUGUGAGUGGUACUCUAGAAGCUAUUCAGUUCGUUGCUUCUUUAUUCUGAAUCAUGAUCGAUGUAUUCUCUAAAUUAUUUACAAUUAUUUU